AUGACUAGUAACCGCGGAAAAGUUCUUUUGGUGUAUGACAGUUUUAAGUUAACUUUUCAAAAGGAACUAAAAAGCGGUGAAUGUAGCAAGCGAACUUGCAGCGUUAAAAUUUGGACGGUCGGCAGUGGAGAUGAAAAAAUCGUAUCAAGAAGUGUCAUUUUUGAUAAUUGUAACUUAGGUUGGUUGACAAGGAAACAAGAUGGCUCGUAUUGUAAACUUUGCAAUACAGAUAUAAGAUCCCACCGUGCUGAUCUUAUAAGGCAUACCCAAACAACUAAAAACAAAUUGCAGGCGAGAAAAAUAGAAACUAACCAGCUUUCUCUUCAAAACUUUGGUGUAUCUGUUUCCACUGAUGCGCUCAAAAGAAAAGAAAUUAUCUUAGCUACUUAUAUAGCUGCCCAUUCCUCGAUCAGAAGUAUCGACCACUUGACUGACAUAUUGAACACAUUUUCUCAUUCACCAAGACCAGGAUCUGCUUCUACAUCCGCAGAAGGCCAAACAUUUCAUUUACAUAAAACGAAGUGUGCAGCAAUAAUUCGGAAUGUCAUUGCGCCCUAG